AUGUCGACGACUCAUGCCUCACAUUUGCCCAACAAAACUAACAUAUACGAUGAUGUGGACCAGGUUGAAGGCAACUGGCAGAUUAUUUUUGGCUUAUCAUUUGCCAUUGCAACUGUCACUUGCAUGGGAGGUUUGUAUUCGCUUCUGUCGCUACUCAGGAUGAGGAGUAAGUCUUCCCUGUGUCUGAUAGUGGCUUCACUGUCCAUAGACGACCUGAUCAGCGUCGUGCCGCUCACACUCUUCAUGAUCCUGCAAUGGAGGACCGGAGACGCGAACCGGUCGGGCGUAAUGUGCACCUUAUCAGGGCUCCUCUAUGUUUUCCAAGGGUUGUCGAGCAAUAUGAAAGCCUGCCUCAUGGUUUCCUACACGUUUUACGUGACAAAGCGUUUUGGAGUGUAUCAGUCACCUAACCGGCCUCUCGGGGUGUUCGUGGCGGUGCUCGCUGUGUGGACGGUCAGUCUGGUGGUCAGCGUCCUGCCAUUAUGCGGUUGGGGUCGCUUCGCCCCCGCGUCUCUCGGCUGUCUCCCUGUGAACGACAGCUUCUACGUGCUGCUUCUCUUCGCUGUUUACUCACUGUGUUUCUGCGUGCUGGUAGUUUGCUCGGUUCCUCUGAUAUAUCAACUCAUGUGCUCCUCGGAGGCUUUAAAGACAUUUUACCCGAGCUAUUUUGAAAUUGCCGGCUCAGCGUCGUUGUGUGAGAUACCCUCUCUUUCACGGGAUAGCUUGGAGAAAAGUUUAGGAGCCUACAAUGAAUUCAACACGACCACAAGCAGUUUUAAGAACAAAACGGAGACAUAUUCUCUCUCAUAUUCACCGGCAACCGGUCAUUUUCAGAAGGAUGUUUCGCAGAGUGCACUGCAUUCCCCUGUGUUUUUCUCUCAGAAACGCUUCUCGAUGAUUCUGGCCAUGGCUCGAAUGGUUUUGUGGAUGCCAAUGAUGACACAGAUCUUGGUGAGUCAUGCUGUUCACAUGCACAGCUCGUCUUUGGAGACUCUCUGUUUUUUCCUGACCUUGCUCUCCGCGGCGGUCACCCCGGUUUUCAUGCUUUCAGAGCGCUGGGUCCAUCUGCCGUGCGGCUGCUUUAUCAACUGUCGCCAAGGUUUUGGAACCGAGCUCUCUGACGCAAAGAAAAGGAGACUUGAAUUCAAUCUCUCCUUCCAGCAAGGCUAUGGCAUGUACAAGAUCUCCCACGCCAAGUCGCCGUCUAUCGAGAAACCCUCAUUUAACAGUUUAUACAGCUGUGAUUUCUCAGAGAGCAGGGUGGCAGUGCUAGACAGUGGUCGGAUCGGUAAGUUCAGCACCACGGCAGUGGAGGACAGCUCCCUCCACAGUGAGCUACUACUGGAGGAGAGUGUGGAAGGCCCACCUCAGAGCUCCGUGGAACGAGACGGAUCAUGCAGCGUCUCUCCUCAGGUCUCAGUCUGCUGUCGUGAGGAUCUUAACCUUGACAACUUGUCCGUCUUUGAUGGCCCGGAAAGGAGACUGUCCCAUGAGGAGUGUCGUAAAAUUGAGCUGACGGACUGGGAGUGGUGCAGGAGUAAAUCAGAGAGGACUCCGAGACAGAGAUCCAUGGCUGGGCUGGCCAUUCCAUUAUGUGCCUUCCAGGGCACAGUAUCCCUCCAUGCCCCUACGGGAAAAACACUGUCCCUCUCCACCUACGAAGUCUGCAGUGAUGGCCUCAAGAUCUCCCCUAACAAUGCCAAGAAGGUUGAAGUGUACCGUUCCAAAUCAGUGGGUCACGAACCCAGUGCGGAAGACCCCAACUCCGGCAGUGGGGGUGUUGGAGCUGGAGUCGGUGACACCAAUGUGAAAAUCCACCUAGAGGUUUUGGAGAUCUGUGACAAUGAGGAGGCCAUGGACAGUGUCUCCAUCAUCUCCAACAUCAGCCAGUCAUCCACACAUGCACGUUCACCUUCGCUACGUUACUCUCGGCGAGAAAAUCGCUUUGUGUCAUGUGACCUGGGCGAAACGGCAUCAUAUUCGCUGUUGAUCCCUACCAGUAACCCGGAUACAGAUAACAUCAACAUACACAUUCCAGAUACAGUGGAAGCACAUAGGCAGAACAGCCGAAGACAACACCAGGAGGCUGGAGGGUACCAGGAAGAGAUACAGCUGCUCAACGAAGCCUACAGGAGGCAGGCAGAUGACCAAGGGAACUAACGCCAACAGACACAAUAGGGUAUACAAAUGGGCUGAGAUGGCCCAGGGAAGAAGUAUGGAAUGUUUGAAUGUAGAAUUUAAAGCUUUUGAGAAAAUACAGUUAGCAGCAAGAAUAUUAGAGGCUGAAAUGGGGAAAUAUUGCCUGGUUCAAAGAAUCACAAGAGAGAUAUUGUUCUGCCAAGCUGUUUGCUUUAGUAAGCAAUUUUGGUGUAAAAAUAGGCUGGAAGCAUUUUGUGGUUUUCAGAUUUUGUAACUGCCUUUAAGAUUAAAUGAGAGUACCCACAUCUUCAAGGUUAGCGCACAGCAAGGAAGGGUUUGGAAAGUGGGAUGAUUUAUCUGUCAAAGUGCAGAUAAAAUGUGCUCGGAGGUAAAACAAAUCUCAAGAUGAGGUUUAUGAGACAGAGAGAAAGCUUGCUCGGAUGUGCCCUUAGUAUCAAGCCUUAGGGAGGAUUGUUCAGAGGGUUAUGAUGCCGAUGGUAACUUUCAGAUUGUGAGAAGAGGAGAUGUCGCAGUAAGAAUGAAGUACUGGUGAUAAAGGCUGAAGUCUUGAGCUGUUGACAUAUAGGCUGAAAUAAAGUUUAUUGAAGACUCAGAAAGAGGAAUGGGCUUUACCCUUCUUUUUAAUGUUCUGGCAUUUAUUAAUUAUAAACGUAAGUGAACAGAUAGAGAGGGUUGAGGAGAAAGCUGAAUAAAGAAGGACAAAUUCUGUUAGGUGUGUGUGUCUGCAGUGUUUGCGAGACAGACAAAGAAAGGGAUUGCGAGGGCGUGUGGAGAAGAAGCAACUAAAAUAAAUUAAGUAUUUAAGUAUUCUAGCUCAGGCACAGACCAUAUGGCAUACUGAAAUAUAAGUUGCCAAAUGUGUAUGUCACAAAUGUUUUGUAAUAUACACAUAAUAGCUAAUAACACAGUUGGGGUGUAUUUUCUCUAUGUCUAAAUGUACACUUAGUAUGAGUGAAUUUACUGAUGUAUGUAUUCUGUAUGUGGGAAUUUGUAAACCUUUUUUCUUAUUCUAAACCCAUGCACACAUCCUAUGGUUUAUCAAAAUGCCUGACCUUGACUGCUGAGACAGAGAGUGAAUGAGAGAGAGAGAAACUUUCACAAAUGUAAAAGUGAGAGAGAUGCAUAGGCCUAUUUUAUAUGUUAAUGUGUGUGCAAAUGAAUGCUCAUUUUUGAGUCACUUAGGAAUCCUUUCCCCCAUUUUCAGUGCAUUAGAUUUGCAAUCAGAAAUGUGACCCAUGCCACUCACUUGCAUUUAAUACAGGCAUAAAUGUAGCUCUGCAAUGAAACAUUCAUGGACAUUUCAAUGGAUGACUCUGAACUAAGAUUAAUGCAGGCUCUGACGAUUCUGCUUAUUUACAUUGAAGCUUUUCCAUAUCAAUAUAGCCUAUAAAAAAGUUAUUUCGAAAUGUGAAAAUGAAAUACAACACAUACAUAGAGGCUCACAUAGC